AUGAAACUUCAAGAUCUUCUUCUCUUUGCGGUAUUCGCAAUUUUCAUAAUCCAAGUUCAAGCCAAUAUCAAUGAAUACGAGGAUUAUGAAUACGAUAUCCCUGAAUCUUGUGAAGAACUAUUCGAUACCAAUUAUUGCAACGAUUGUCAAAAACUCAUGUGGAGUCAUUUCAAAAACCCUGGACAAUGUGCUACGGCUAUCAAUUUAGGAAAGAAGAUUUACCAAGCUAUCAAGGAUGCCAAUGAUACACCGAAACCUUAUGAACUUCAAUACUUUGAGGAAGGUCUUGUGGACUACUGUCACCAAGGAUUCGAUUGUAAACAAAACGAAGUCGAAAAGAUUUACAACAACAUUCAAGAAGUUUGUUACAAAGAAUUAUCGGUUAAAUUCGAUUGGAGUGCUGAUCCUAGAACUUACACUGAUAAGACCGCUUACGCCGCUUAUGGAACCUUACUCGUUUACUACACUGGAAUCCCAAGUCAUGAAGCUCUCUGCUUAAAGGAAAAUGGUGGUGAAUACUGCAGUAUCAAAUUCAUCAGGAAAUUCGUUAAUUGGAUGAAGGAAGCAACUAACGCUGAUCCAAAGGCAAUUGUAACUCAUGAUCACAAAUUCGUCAUCAAAGGAGAUGGAACGAAAAUCCCUGUACCAAAAUCAUUCCAAUGCGAUCCAUGCUGGAGAAAGAUGGUCAAGAUUUUCAUUGAUUACUUCAAAGAACAUAAAUUGAAGGAAUCCGUUCAAGAUAAUAUUUGGGGUGAUGAGCACGAAGGUCUUCCAGAAUGUGGUAAUAAACGUGGAUUGGCUUUCUGA